UGCAAGACAACCAAAUCAGCUUGGAAAACCAAUAAAAUCCAUAUUUCCACAAUGGUGCUGGGUAAUGUUAAGCAAAACCUGGGUGUGGUGACGUUUUCUCUUUAAUCUAGGAAAUAUACCGAUACGAUCUUACUUAGCCUUCAAACUAAACACAACAAACAACAUGGUGCAAAUAAAACCAUGAGGAAAAAAAUAAAAGAUGCGCAACCAAUAUGCUUGUUGUUCUAGUAACAGAGCAAAGGUUUUCACUGUCUGCUUGCUACGACCUGUCACUAGAUGGCAGCAUUUCAGCCCCUAUUUCUGCGUGAACCCACUGACUUUCUCCCACGUCAGGAUUCAUCUCCCUGUCGCACGCACGCGCACGCACACGCGCACGCUCUUUUGUUGACCUGUAGGCGUGGCUUCAGCGGAGAAGGGAGGAACUGUUGCGUUUAAAGCAUCCUGUGCACCGGUGUCCAGCUUCAGAAGGUGACAUCCUCUGGUCCAGCAUGGCAAACUCGGACAGGGUGGUGUUGGCUUUGGGUGGAGCGGGCACGGUGGGCUCAGGGAUCGUCAAGGCGCUGCUGGACAAAGGUUUUAAAGUGGCAGUGAUCUCCAGGGACAGCAGCCGACUGGACAAGCUCAGAUCCUUCGUGUCUCCCAGCACCAAGGAUAAUCUCACUGCCAUAGUGGGGGAUGUAGGCUCAGAGGCGGGAGCAGAGCAGGCCAAGCAGGCCCUGCUGAAGGCCGUGGGCAAGGUGACCGACGUGGUGUCGUCCCUGGGCUUCAGCUGGUGGCAGGGAGGACCUCCACACACCCAGUCCCUCAAAGACCUGCACUGGGUGAUUGAGACCUUGCUAUUCAGCACGUUCGUGUCGUGGAAAACCUUCUUUCCACUGGUGAGGGACCGCUCUGACGGUUCCUACACCUUCAUCACUGGCGGAGCCGGAGAAAAGGUUCUGAUGCCCGGUACCGGCUUCCUGACGGUGGGAGCUGCCAGCACCCUGGCCUUCUGCCAGGUCCUACGAGAGGAGUACCCUGAGGUGCCCUGCAAACUCAACCAGGUGAAGAUCGACGCAGGUGUCGCCGCUCCAGAGCGUAUGGCGCCAGGUUACCUGAACCACUUGGACCUGGGCGAGGGAGUGGCUGCGCUUGUGGAGAGAGGGAACAGCUCCCACAGCGUCUUCACCAUCACCAGUGCUGCAGACCUGAAGAACCUGCUCCUGCAGAAGAACCUGUAGAUGCGUCUGGACUCAACCGCGCGUUCACGCUCUUUGGUCUGUUCUGCUUCUUCCUCACACGACUGAAACUAUCUGCAGCUAAUACUGUGUUUUGUUGCUUCUUCCAGUUAUUGUGUGUGUGCUGUUGUGUGAUGUCUGUAAAAAAGACCUAAGGAAUUUAUCGUAGUCAUAUCGCGUUCUAUACAAACCUUUAUUAUUAUUAUUAUUAUUAUUAUAUGCUGACAUCAUGACAUCUGUUCAUGUCGUCUUCCAUCUACAAACCCAUGUGGAGUGUUUGACCACUAGUAGUGCUUUCCUGACGACCGGUAGCUGCUAAACAUUCAUGUAAAUAUUGCUGAUUAUUGCAGAGAUAAGUAAAAGUGUGAGGUGAUGAAGUACUUUUGUCGCCUUGAGUCAGGAAGAUCCCACAGUCGGUUCAGUCUGUCUUUGCUUUGACAGGAAACAAUUAGCAUCUACUGUAAAUAUGCAGCAAUAAAUGACAUCUCUUCCCCGA